CUUUGAGUGAUUUUGACACAGAUAUUUUUUAAAAUUAAAUGGAGUUCAGGCUUUCUUCCCCAGAUUCUUCUUCACUUCUUCCUAUCCUUCUAUAAUUUCUCACUCAUCUCUUCUUCUUCUUCUCUACUUCAAUUUUGGUAGAUCUAAAGACAUUCCUUGUCACUCUUUACAAAAACCCCAAAUCUCUAAACAUACUUCACUUGACUUGACCGCAGAAUCAGAGUCAACCCUUUCGCCGACCAGAGGGGAAAAAAAGAGAUAAAGAAAGCAAGACGAACAGAGAAAAUCAGAAACGCCGAAACUUCUUGUCGUCGCUGGAUCUUCUUCAUUCGUUGCCAAAUCUAGCCUCCUACUGCUCGUCAGUUGCCGUUGGACGACGUCAACACCAUUAUCCACCGCCUCUCUUGCCGCCUGAAAGCCCGGGUUUUUCAUUCUCUCCCUCUCUCGAACGAUUUGGGAAAAGGAAAUCAAAGGCGGUCAGCCCUACCCAACAUAGCCUGUCUCCACCUCUCACACGCACAUAUCCCGUGCAUGAAUUUGGCAUAUACUGAUAGUUGUCAUUUCGAGGCGCCAUUGGUUGCAUUGGUUGAAGAGCAUCUACACGAACACAUAGAGAGAUUGAGAGAGUCAAGUAGCUAGAGAUGCUACUGGAGAGAAGAGAAAGUUGUAGUUCUGAUCAUCAGUUUACGAGUUCUCAGAAGAAGGAGAUGGCCCAUAAGGUUACGAGUUCUGUAGUGAAGAAAAUUGAAGACAACCAAAAAAAAAUCGAGGCUCUGAGAUAUUUCACGUUUGCCUGGCCAAGGUUCCCCGUCAUAAUUAGUGUCCCCAAUAUGCUUCGUGAAGAAAAUGUAAAAGCUUAUAACCCUAGUCUCAUAUCUAUUGGACCUCUACACAGAGGUAACAAAUUUUUGCAAGCAAUGGAGGCUGACAAAGUGAGUUACAUGUGUUGUCUAUUCAAACGAACAGGAGAUGUCGAGAAAACACGUGAAGUUUGUGAGGCAGCUAUGUUAAAGAUGCAAAACAUUUUAAAGAAAUGCUAUGCAGAUCAAUUAGUGAAGCCGGAUGAUGAAGAUGACAUUACCAAUCUUAUAGAAAUGAUGUUGAUUGAUGGUUGCUUCAUUAUCGAACUUGUAUACAGACAUUCAAGAAGGGAAAGAGACCCCAUUUUGAAUAAUCCUUUCAAGUGCUCUGCCAUCCGGCGUGACUUGCUGCUACUCGAUAACCAGAUUCCCUUUGUUGUUCUAGAAAUGUUGUUCGGGCUGACGGUGGAAUGUAUUCCUCGGUCUUAUGAAGAAUCCUCGGACCCUCUUACCCUUAUUGGAUGUGUCCUUUCAUUCUUUGGUGAUAUAAUGGGCUUAGAAGAUGCCCAGAUGGAAUCGAAUGCUGGAGUAAUACCUCCUCUUCAUAUACUCCAUCUCUUACACAUUUGCUACCAACCACAAAAACCUACUUAUGACCAGGAUGCAUCAAGCCACUAUCGUCAACUUAAAACAGAAAAUGGCAGUAACAUGGUAGGAGUACUCUGUGGAUGUUGCCAAGGGCAACCCUGCAGAUACGAAGAAGAUACGGCUGAAACACGAUUCCAAGUAGACGACGAAGCAGGUACAGCAACGCAACUCUUCUACAGUGCAGGGGGAGGAGUGGGAUACGAAGGUACAGCAACACAACUCGAAAUUGCAGGAGUGAAGCUGCGGAAACGUAGUAAAACAAAGAACCUGUUUGAUGUGGAGUUUAGGCCUCAGGAUAGUUCUUUUUAUUUCUGGAGAGGUUGUCUUGAAAUCCCACGUUUUUCUGUCUAUAAUUUCACCGAGUCAUUCUUGCGGAACAUCAUCGCUUUCGAGCAAUGCUACCCUUUUUUUGGGAGUUAUUUCACAUCUCACGCUUUCCUCAUGGAUAUCCUCAUGGACUCGGUGGACGACGUAAAAUUGCUUGAAAAAGUAGGAGUCAUAUGUAACCAUUUGGGUACAAGUGAAUCGGUGCUGCAAAUCUUCAAUGGUAUUUGUAAGAAUGCUUAUCCACAGGACUUCCAUUACGAUAAGCAAUGGAGGAAGAUGAAGGGUUGCUGCACCCAUUGGCGAGAAGAAUUGGGAACCGUGAAACGUAAUUGUGCUGGUAAUCUAUGGAUAGUGUUAUCAGUCAUUGGUGCAAUUUCCCUUUUUGUGCUCACACUUUUGCAGACCGUUUACACCAUGAACUCAUGAAUGAAUAGGUAGGUAUCUGGUGGAGUACUUUUUUAUAUAUAUGUGCAAUAAUCUUGAUGGAUGGAUGACAAUUGAAGCUUGCCUUAAUUUGUUUCCUACAACAAGUCAAUGAUAUGAUGCCUUGUAUUGUUCAACCUAGAUCUCAGCAUCAGAAAUAAUUGUAUAUACUAGUUGUAUGUAAUCAUUGGAUCAGUACUUGUAACCUAGUUUAUGAUUUCUCGCAUUUGUAAUCUCUGUAUCUCUCUCCUGAGUCUCUCGCAUGAUAUAUAUAUAAUUAAGAUUAGUGUUUGGUUA